AUGGCAGGCAAGGCAUCCAUCGCGCUGUUCCUCGCCGUGAACCUGGUCGUCUUCUCCGUGGCCAGCGCGUGCGGUGGAAACUGCCCGACCCCAUCGACGCCCACACCGACCCCGGCCGCGUUCGGUAGGUGCCCACGCGACGCGGUGAAGAUAGGCCUGUGCGUCAACGCGCUGAACCUGGUCAAGGCCGAGCUGGGCGCGCCGCCUACGCUGCCCUGCUGCCCGCUGGUGAAGGGGCUCGUCGACCUGGAGGCGGCCCUGUGCCUCUGCACGGUGCUUAAGGCCAACGUCCUCAACAUCGUCAAGCUCAACCUCCCCAUCGACCUCAGCGUCAUCCUCAACGACUGCGGCAAGAAAGUGCCCACCGGAUUCCAGUGCUAA